AAAUUGAGAAGAGAUGUAUCUGAUAAAGUAACAUCGAACUCCACUACACCAAAUUACCAGACUAGCUCAACCUCCUCCUCCCUCCCAACCAACUACGAAGAUUUACUAAGACACCUUCUCUCCGACCCGCAACAGUGUUGGGUACCAAACAACGACACCCUAGUUGCGCGUCGGCUCAACGAGUUAGAAGACCUAGACGUCGCGCAGUGCGCAGACUUUGCGCUACACAUCAGUUUGGUGGUCUUUCUGACAGUUAUGAUCGUCAGUUGUGUAUACGUGUGCCGGAAGCCAGCCCGGAGAAAGAUUAAGACUAUGUCAGUAGAGGUACAAACUGACGACAAUAUCGAGAUCUACCUUAAGGAUACUCACACUUCCUCCUCCCCGACCUCAUCCCCGCCGUUAGAGCGGGGAUUAGAGCGCGAGCGCCAGAAACUCAUGCGCCCGCUGAGCGAGGUGCGGCCGGCGUUCGUGCGCCAGGUCUCUGCGUCUGAGACGCGCAACCACAUCCCCCCGUCACCGUUAACAACCAGUGACCUUGCUACCUCAAUUUGUAGUCUUCAGUCAGCGACUUCAUCUCAUCUCAGAAAUCAUAGAAAGUUGUUAAAGAAAAGUACGACGAUGGUAGCAUUUCCCUCAAACACGCUGCAGAAUAUUCUGACUAGUGACAGCUACAGAAAACUUGCCAGUAACAAUACUAUAUCGACCGCAGUUGACGCCGCGGACCCAUUAAACAGAAGACGUAGAAUUACUGUAGCAACUCAGCCGGGCCUGAACCUCAAUCACACUAAUUCAAGUCAUAAUCUGACCAGUCAUAACAUAACACUGGUAAAUACGUGGGCAUGGAAAUAUAUCGCCAUCUUUGUGGGUCAGCAGAAAACUUUGAAUAUUAUUGCAGGGUCCACCAGCUUCUGCCUACAGAUAUACCUACAAACCAAUCAGUGGAGUAUUUUCAACUUCCGACUCCAACCUGUCCGAGAAAUCGUCUCCAAGAAAAAAGGAUCAUACGCGAUUUGUGACGAGGCCGGUCGACUAGACGCUUUUAAUGUUAAGUAAAUCUUAAUAAAAUAGUUUGUUUAGUAAUCAAACCGAGAGACGAUUAGGUAUAGUCAUAAUUAUAUUUCAUAUGAAAAUUUAUAAUUCAUAUGAAUGAUGAACCAUGAUAAUGAGCUGGAUUGAAGAAAUCCAGUUUUGCACUUUUUUCGAUGAUGUUAUCAAACUUAAGAAAUUAAUUGGUUAUAUUGUUUAAUCAUUUUUGAAUUAUCAAAUUUUAUUCUAAGUUUUUACAUUGAACUAUAUUUUUCUAUUUAUUGAAAUUGAAUCCGAAAUCUUCGGUGCAAAUGAUUAGGAUUGAAUAAUUGAAAAGGUCAUUUUAAAAACAGUAGAACUGUUCAUUAUUUUAUUUAUAAGUUUACUCAUAAUA